AUGAUCUGUGCGGAACGUUUGUCUGCUCUUAUUUGGUUGUAUGAGGAGAGGAAGUGGCUUCAUGGUUGUCGGGUGACUAGGGGGGCUCCUUGUGUUUCCCAUAUGUUGUUUGAUGAGGAUAAUUUUCUCUAUUGUAAGGCAAACAGAGAAGAGGCUCAACGGGUCUUGGAGUUGCUUAAUACUUUUGAGAGGGCGUCACAUCAGAAGGUGAACCUUAGUAAGUAUUCUCUUUUCUUCAGUUUUAAUACCGAUAGCGGGACUCAUGAUUCUGUUUUGUCUACUCUUCAUAUGAGGGCAGCGGAUGAUCAUAGUUUUUAUCUUGGGCUGCCUAGUAUGGUGGGAAGAAAUAAUAAUGUCACCUUCGACUUUUUAAAAGAGAAGGCGAGGAAGAGAAUUCACAAUUGGGAAAGUAAGCGCCUGUCUAGAGAGGGUAAGGAAGUGCUUAUGAAAUCAGUUAUUCAAUCUUUACCGACUUAUGCUAUGAGUGUGAUCUUGAUCACUUUGGAAAUUUUCAAAGAUGUGGAUCGACUUAUGGGUAGAUAUUGGUGA